AUGAUGAACAGGAGAAAUAAUAUUAUCUCAAACAUCAAAAAAUAUCCUAGAUACAAUAAUCAUGUAAUUAAAAGCUUUAUCACUGAAGAUAUUUCUACUUUAAAAAUGUACAAUAAAGGAAAGAAAGAGAUUUCAUUAAAUCCUUUUAUAAAAUUAAUCAUAUUUGUUCUUUUCAUUGUGAUGUUACAAUACUCUUGUAAUUUGGACUCUUGCAAAUUUUUGAGAAAAAGUAACUUAGAAAGCAUGUCACAUUUAGGAACUGAAAGAUCUCUAGCAGAAGGUGAAGAUACAGUAAAAGUAAAUGAACAAUCAGGAGUGAGACAAAGAAAUAGUGAAGAGCAGCAAGAUGAUAGUGUGAUAGAGAAUUUAGGAAAGGGCGAUAAUGUAGAACAAGGAAUCAGAAGAGAAAAAAUAGAUAAAAAUGAAGGAAGAAAUAUUAAGGAAAGAAUUUUAAAUAUUGCUAAAGGUAAUCCUCAACUAAUUAUCUUUUUCAUUAUUAUUUUACUAUCAUUUAUUUCAAGUACAUUAUGUAUAUCAGCAUAUAGUGCAGGAAACACAACUUUAAAUAAUACAUCUGUUUUAUUAGUUGCUAUAAGUAUUAUUUUUACUGUAGUUCUUUUGAUAUACGAAAGAAUCAUAGAUAAAAGUACAUAA